AUGGCAGGCGAUGGCAAUGGUGCCGUCAACGGCGCAGAAGACCAACUCAAGCACGAUGCCGCUAAAGGGCGCGUCGCUGUCCACAACUUUGACCCAGAUGCCUCACCGGCACAGAAAGCCGCUGUUGCUGGGAAGGCCAAGGACCAGCUCAAAGAGGUUCAGAUUGACCAUGGAAAUUCAAACGUCAUCCCAACAAUCAACAUUCAAGACGUCGACGGCGAAAAGAAGAUGCAACAAACCGACGGCAAUGUUACCACCGAUUUAGACGACACCACACCAUCGCCGCCAGGCGCCAUGCCUGCAGUACCCGCAGCUAACGUACCCGAAUGGUAUCAGGUCGGCUGGCGCGCAGUUUCUGGAAUUGAUGUUCCACCGUUACCAGAAGGUGAAGAGAAAGAUCAUUCGGUCCUGAACGCCUUCCUCGGCGAGCAGUUUUACGGUGAUUGGUAUCACAACGCUGCGAUCAUCGUCUUUGCUGUAUUUGCUUCUCACUUCCUAACACGUUUUCGUUUCGGAUGGGGCUGGCUGUUCAUCAUCCUCGCGGUAUGCAACACUUAUUACACUACCUCCAUGGAACGAACCCGAAGACGGUCUCGUGAUGAUAUCCAAAGAGAGUUAGUCAAGUCGCGUCUAGCUUCCGAACACGAAACUGCGGACUGGAUCAAUAAUUUCCUUGAUCGGUUCUGGCUUAUCUACGAGCCAGUACUCUCAACGACUAUUGUCAGCUCUGUCGACCAAAUCCUCAGUACAAACACUCCUGCUUUCCUAGAUUCCCUACGACUGAGUACAUUUACUCUUGGAACCAAAGCUCCGCGUAUUGACAAGGUCCGGACCUUUCCAAGGACAGAAGAUGAUAUUGUUAUGAUGGAUUGGGGUAUUUCGUUCACCCCGAACGAUAUCUCCGAGAUGACGCCCAAACAAGCUGCAGGGAAAGUCAAUCCAAAGAUCGUGCUUUCAGUCAGAGUCGGCAAGGGUCUCGCCUCAGCAGCUAUGCCUAUCCUUCUUGAGGACAUCACCUUCAGCGGGCUUAUGCGUAUUCGUAUGAAGCUCAUGUCGAAUUUCCCCCACGUUCAGAUAGUGGAUAUCUGUUUUCUAGAGAAACCUGUCAUCGAUUACGUUCUCAAACCGAUUGGCGGAGAGACCUUUGGAUUUGACAUUGCCAAUAUGCCAGGCUUGUCAUCUUUCAUUCGGGAUAUGACUCAUGCCACUCUCCAGCCGAUGAUGUACGACCCGAAUGUGUUCACUCUGAACCUGGAACAACUUCUUUCGGGCACCCCUCUCGACUCUGCCGUUGGGGUCUUACAAAUCACCCUCAACUCUGCCCGAGGCAUCAAAGGUACUAAGAUCGGCGGUGGUACUCCAGACCCGUACGUCGCUAUUGCUAUAAACAAUCGCGAUGAAUUGGCACAUACCAAAUACAAGUCCAACACGUACAACCCUACGUGGAUGGAGACCAAAUUCGUGUUGGUCAAUUCUUUGUCGGAGACAUUGAACUUGAAUCUGUAUGAUUUCAACGACCACCGGAAAGAUACCCUUUUGGGUACGGCUACGUUCGAGUUAGCUCAGCUUCAAGAAGACGCAGUUCGCGAAGGCCUUACCUCACCCUUGCUGAAAGACGGCAAGGAUCGAGGGGAGCUCAAGUACGAUAUCUCCUUCUACCCCGUACUGAAACCCGAAGAAGGUCAGGAGGUUCCGGAUACUAAGGUCGGAAUUGUUCGUCUCACCGUGCACCAAGCCAAAGAGCUUGACCACACUAAAUCCCUUUCUGGCGACCUAAACCCCAUCGCCAAAAUAUAUCUCGGGAACAGCGACACUGCAAUCCAUGCCACAAAGUGCAUCAAGCAUACCAAUAGCCCAGUCUGGGAAGAACCACACGAGUUCCUAUGCGCCGACAAAAACUCCUCUGUUAUCACAAUCAAAGUCAUCGAUGAUCGUGAUUUCUUGAAAGACCCUGUGGUCGGGUAUAUGUCUAUCAAGUUGGCGGAUCUGUUGACAGCGAAGAGCGAGGCAAGGGAUUGGUUCCCGUUGAGUCACUGCAAGAGUGGGAAAAUCAGGCUGAGUGCGGAGUGGAAACCGUUGAAUAUGGAAGGAAGUUUGGCUAGUGCGGAUCAGUAUACCCCGCCGAUUGGUGUCGUGAGGCUGCAUUUGGAUAGGGCAACUGAUGUGAAGAACGUUGAGGCGACGUUGGGAGGAAAGAGUGACCCGUACGUUCGCGUUCAAGUUGCCAACGUCACGAAGGGUAGGACAGAGGUUGUCAAUAACAACUUAAGCCCUGUCUGGGACCAAAUUCUCUACAUACCUGUUCAUUCUCUGAAAGAGACGUUGCUACUAGAAUGCAUGGAUUAUCAGCAUUUAACAAAGGAUCGUUCCCUCGGAUCCGUGGACCUUCACGUUGAGGAACUUGCAGUGGAACACGACGACGUCGAAUACCCUUUCAAGUCUACCGGCGUCAAGGAAGCUACUGAUCAAAUUCGCCUCGACAAGGGCGGAGGGUUCAAAGGAACCCUGCAUUACAAGGCAGAAUUCGUACCUGCGCUCAAGCUCAAAGGCGGCGUUCAGUUCAACGAAAGCGGCACUUCUGCGCUCACCAAGGGCGUUUCAGGAUCCUCAAGUUCAAAGGGGUCGAAGGAUUCCGAUGCUGGCUCGUUCCGCAGUGUUGGAUCCAAGGCUGAUGAAGCUGGUCAAGAUGUUCCGAAUGGUGUUACGAUCUCUGAGCCUUCUAAAAAAACACACAACAAAGGGGCAAAGUCGACAGAUACGACAGCAACUAAUGCGACUAGUGGGACUGUGGGUACCAAUGGCACUACUGAAACUUCUGACGAGGCGCAAGGCGAGUCUCACGACGAUGUGGGCGUCGAGAUGAGUAAGGAUGAGCUGUUGGCUCAGCAAUCCGGUAUCAUUGUCUUCAACGUUGUCUCCGGUAGGCUGGCCAAAAAGGCUCGGGUCGAGAUGUUGCUGGAUGAUGGUUAUUGGCCAUGCUUUAGCACCAACCGUGCACGAAGUACAAAGGCGUCUUGGGGUUUCGUUGGGGAGGGCUUCGUCAAGGAACUCGACUUUAGCCAAGUGUGGAUCAGACUCAACGAGGCCGAGGAAGGCGACAAAGAUGAUAUCAUUGCUGAGUGGCGCGGUGAUACCAAGGGCUUCCUAUCCUCGACGCUGGACAACGCUCAAACCUUCACCUUAAAUGACUCGGACGAGAGGGGCACAUCGACUGUUACACUUGAGGCGCGUUACAUUCCCGUGCCAGUCGUUCUGGAGCCUCGUGAAAGCAUAAACAACCAGGGUGUUUUGAACGUAACGUUGCUGGAUGGUCGGGAUAUUCAUGCUGCUGACAGAGGAGGCAAAUCAGAUCCAUUCGCCGUCUUCACUUUGAAUGGACAAAGAGUUUACAAGUCCCAAACGAAGAAAAAGACACUAAAUCCAGAUUGGAAUGAACAAUUCCCCGUAUCAGUCACAUCUCGUGUGGCUGCUGACUUCAACGUGGAGUUAUUCGACUGGAAUCAGAUCGAGCAAGCAAAGAGUCUUGGUUUCGCUCAAAUCGAUUUAGCUGAACUUGAACCAUUCCAAGCAACAGAAAAAACGUUAACAUUGACGUCUCAUAAGCACGGCGAUAAAGGUCACCUUCGUGUACGACUUAUGUUCCAACCGGAAGUUAUCGUUAAAUCUCGCAAGAACACCUCGACGUUCUCUACUGCUGGUAGGGCGAUGACCCAAAUUGGUGGAUUGCCGAUGUCUGCUGGCAAAGGUGUUUUCCAUGGUGUUACAGGUAUCCUGAAGAAAGGGCACAAAGGAGACGGUUCUGACGACUCGUCGGUCCCUGAUUUUCCCGCUGGUCAGCAAUCUCAUCCUGUCGGUACAUCGGAGCUUGCGACCUCAGCUGGAAAUCCAUUCCCACCCUCUUCGUCCUCUGAAAAUCUGCCAGUUUCAUCAAACAAUGAACCUGGGACACUUCGCGUCACCGUAAUAGAUGCGAAAGACUUGGCAGGAGGUGAUGCAAAGGCGUAUGCCGUUAUCAGAGUGGGAGAUAAAGAGCAAAAGACUAAACACUCAGGCAAGACGGCUAGUCCCGAAUGGAAUGAAUCAUUUAACUUCGCCGCCAGUUCGUUAACACCAAAGUUGUACGUUUGGAUUCAUGAUCAUAAGACACUGGGAAAGGACAAAAUGCUAGGUGACGCUGAAGUCGAUAUUUGGCGUCAUAUUUCCUCUGAAGGAGUAACAGCCGCGGAGGUCACUGUGGAAUUGCACAACGGUUCUGGACUCUUACGCCUUCGUUUAGAAUUUGACGCUUCCGUUAACCCACUAACGCGGAGGUCGUCAACCUCUUCAGGAGAUCGUGCUAAUACGUCCAGGACUCUGUCUAUCGCUUCUCCGAGUCGGUUCAGUAUCAGUGGGCGGCGCAGGGGAGGCGAAGACGACUAG